CGAUAAGUCCGCGGCCGCGCGUUGUUUUGAUGAAAUUCGCAAGUUGAAAAUUAAAAGAAAACCGAAUAAAAUAAAACGUCUACACCUGAUUGUCGGUCAACUAUGUCGGCUGAAGGUAGAAUGGACGCACUAACCAAUUCAGUGGAGGAGGAGGAAGAGAGUGGCCCACUGAAUAUAAACAAAUUAAUUGGCGGCAAUAUUACUGCCAAGGACAUAAAGCUGCUGCAAAUGGCCAGCCUGCACACAGUGGAUUCUGUGGCCAAUGCGACGCGCAAGUUUCUGCUGGCCAUACCCGGCCUUGGUGGCUCCAAGGUGGAUCAAAUCAUUGCCGCGGCCACCAAGCUGGUGCCAAUUGGCUUCCUCAGCGCCCGCACAUUCCACCAGAUGCGCGCGGAUGUCGUUAUGCUGACGACUGGCUCCAAGGAGCUGGACAAACUGCUGGGCGGUGGCAUCGAGACGGGCUCCAUAACGGAGAUCUUUGGCGAGUUCCGCUGCGGCAAGACGCAGAUCUGCCACACGCUGGCAGUCACCUGCCAGCUGCCCAUUAGCCAGAAGGGUGGCGAGGGCAAAUGCCUCUACAUAGACACCGAAAGCACUUUCCGACCGGAACGCCUGGCGGCCAUUGCCCAGAGGUUUGGUCUGAAUGAAACUGGAGUCCUGGACAACGUCGCCUGUGCACGGGCCUACAACACAGAUCAGCAAACGAAGCUGAUCCAAAUGGCUGCGGGCAUGUUGUUCGACACGAGAUACUCCUUGGUUAUUGUCGACAGCAUCAUGGCCCUGUACCGCUCGGACUACACUGGCCGCGGCGAACUGGCCGCCCGUCAGAAUCAUUUGGGGCUGUGCGUGCGCCUGCUGCAGCGCUUGGCCGAUGAGUUUGGCGUGGCUGUGGUCAUCACCAACCAAGUGACGGCCGUGCUGGACGGCGGCGGUGGCAUGUUUGUCGCUGAUGCCAAGAAGCCCGUGGGCGGGCACAUUCUGGCACAUGCUUCCACCACGCGGCUGUAUCUGCGAAAGGGCAAGGGGGACACGCGCAUCUGCAAGGUCUACGAUUCUCCUUGUUUGCCAGAGUCUGAGGGCAUGUUUGCGAUUCUGCCAGACGGCAUAGGCGAUGCCAAGGAUGCGAAUUGAUUAACUACAUAUCAGCUAAUAAAU